GACUGAUGGAGGAUCUGUAACCCCUGUCCAGAUGUGCACUGUGGAUGGACGCUCCGUGCUCUGUAACGCGGGGUAUGAAGACAGAGUGUCAGUGUUUGGUAACUCCAUGGUGCUGAGAGACGUGGUGUCUGCUGACUCUGGAGUCUACACGGUGCGAGAGGUCAACGAUGGAGCGGCUCUCAUACGGACAGUGUCGGUCACUGUUAAACUGAAUCCACAGACAUGCAGAGCUCCAGGAUCCAGAGAGCGUUCCUGUUUGGGCUGCUGAGCUUCUCUUGCAUCUUGGUUCCUCCUUCUUCAGCUCGUUCUUCAGUGAAGGUGAAGCUUCAUGACUCUGCUACUCUGUCCUGCUCUGAGAGAUGUUCUGGUUUGGUCAGAUGGACUGCAUCCCGUAAACCCACUGAUGUUCUGUCUGAGUGUGAUCAGACUUCAUGUAGAUCAGUGAAGGAGGGAUAUCAGAUGAUCCAUGAUCAGUACCUGAAGGGGAAUCUCUCUCUCACCAUCACUGACGCUGAUUUCACUAAGAGAACCUGGUACACCUGUCAGUGUGACGGUAAAGACGUCUGUGAUGUGAGUCUACGGCUCGAGCCUCCUGAGAACUUCCUGCAGAUGAACCGUGGGGAUAAUCUGACUCUGGAUCUUCCCGUCUCAGAGCCAGUGAAGGUCACCUUCAACAGGACUGGAGACUCUGAUCCAAACCCUGUGAAGCUGUGUGAAGUCAAGGGCCGUAAAGUCCAAUGUGACCCUCCAUAUGAGGAGAGAGUGCUGUUCCAGUCCAGUCUGCAGCUGAAGGACCUGAAGGACUCUGAUGGUGGUGUUUACGCUGUAGUGGACACUGAGAACGAGGAGGUCGUGUCUACAUAUAGAACCACAGUCAGAGGUGAGAAGGAGAGCUGGGUGUGGAAGAUUUGGGAGAAAACAGAGUUUGGCAUUGGGCUCGGUGUGGGGGUCUUUCUUGGAGCAUUGCUGGGUUUCUUUGUCCCACCACAGAUAGUUAGAGGCUGGAUGUGGCUGAAGAGAAGAACACAGCGCUCACAUGGACACUGCACUACAGCUGAGGAUAAGAGUCAGUCUACUACCACUGAACAAGUUCCUCUGAAGGAAAAGCCCUCAGGUUAGUGUGAGGCAAGGCUGUAGAGGAUCAGAGUGAAGACUGAAUCUUCUGUUCUUCAGUCUGGAGGAGGGUUCAGAGUGGCUUCUGUAUAUCUUCUGUUCCUUCUAAUCAGGACAACAAGCCAGCACUGGUGUUACAUGUGAGCAGGUAUUACUCUUGAGUUGGGAGAAUUAUCAGCACACUCACUAACUCUGCUUACAGGGGACUUGUACAGUAAAUCUCACCAGCUCCACUUACAAGAUCUGCUGGAUUAGUGUUUCACCUGGCAUUUCAAGCCAUUUAAGUGGGGUGCCUAUACUUUCGCACCAUGUAGAGGUCUGCUCUGUCUAGUUGGUCAGAGCGUGGGCACCACCCCUUGUAAUUUUGAUUACUGGCCAGAGAAGUGUAGUUAGCUUUUGUUUCAUUUUUGUUUCUGUAUCUGAGUACCUUUUGUUUCAGAGCAGUGGUUUUUGUUUUGUUCUUUUCUUUGGUGCCACAGUUUGAUUCUCUCAGAGUGGUCCAAGAUAUCAUAGCACAGCAUUUUUACUGUAGCUGGUUUUAAUAAAUAAAAAAUAGUUAAAAUGUAACUGUGAACAUUUUGAACUCUUAUUUUGUAUAUUUGUAUAUUUUUGGAAGAUGCAGCUGCUUUACUGAGUUUGUUGAAGACCAAAGUGCUGUAAUUUUUGCUUUCAGUUUCUACUGAUAGUGUUUAAUGUGUUUAUACUUCUAAUGUUGAUAAAGCACCAACUCCAGUGUCAUCAGCUGUGCUCAUAUCAGUAAUUCUAACUGUAAAUUUAUAUUAUUAAAAUAAAUGAAACUUC